AUGAAGUUCCUGCUCAGUUUGGCCGUUUUGGUGGCCACACUGUGUGGCCUCAACUCUGUUCCUGCGGACCAACCCACAGCCGUCUCAGAGGAGACCCUCAAACAGUUGUCAGUGGAUGGUGAGAAACUGGUGGACGAGGAGGUGAGGAGAGCUCUGUACGGGGUGAAGCAGAUGAAGGAGGUGAUGUGGAGGAAUGAGCAGAAGCACGAACACCUCAUGAAGUCUUUGAGACACAGCAGCGACAAGAAGAGGGGGUCAGCACAGCUGGCCAGGGAGGUGACUGAGAAGCUGGAGGAGGCCGAGGAGCAGUGCAAAGACUCGCUGCAGUCUGAGUGGGAGGAGUGCAGGCCCUGUCUGGAGGAUGCCUGUAAAUCCUUCUAUACCUCCACCUGCCGCAGGGGCUUCGCCACUUUCCAUGCAAAGGUCGAAAACUUUUUCCAAAAAGUCUCAAGGCGCUUCGGCCCCCGUGAGCCCAGCAUGGAGGCAGGAGACAUCCUGGUGAACCAGGGUCCUGACAGCACAGACACAGAGGUUGUCCGAAUUGAGGAUUCCUUCAACCGCCUGAUCAGCAAGGUUGGCACAGUGGUGAACCGUAGCGUCACACUGGUGUCGAGGAUGAGCAGCAGGGUCGACAAAGUCCUUCAGAAAGCCUUCCUGAACAACACCGAUGUCCUGACUGAAGAAAGCACCUCUGAUCCCUACUACCCUGGCCGGGACUCGGGCUUCCUGCAGGGCGUGGGCCUGGAGGAGGUGCUGGAAUCCUUCUUUGACUUUGGCAAGAGCGUCGUCGAGGAGUUUGGAGCUGUGGUGACUCAGGUGUUUGAUGACAUCCACCAGACAGUGGAGGAGGAGAAGAAGAAAGGGAGGGGAAGCUUCCCUCGUUUCCUGCAGAACAGAAAGCUGUGCAGAGACCUUCGCAAACAGACAUCUGAGUGCUGGCAGCUGCAGAACCAGUGUGAGGCCUGUCAGGGAGCUCUGCUCACAGAGUGUCCCAGUGUUCGGGAGCUGCAUGUAGAGCUGGAGGAAGUUUCCCAGCUGGUGGAUGUCUCCAAAGAGCAGUACAAUGAGAUCUUGUCCAUUGUCCAGCGCCACACGGAUGAAACGGUCAACUGGCUCAGCAACAUGGCGGCUGAGUUCAGCUGGGUGGCUCAGGCUGUGAGCAACAGCAGCACUCCUCAGAACAUCUUCCACAUCACUAUGGUGGCGCCAGAGAGCCGUGAUGAGCAAAACGUGUCCGUCAGUGAGACCAAGGUAGAAGUGAACAUCUUAAACUCUCCCCCACUUAUCCUCUCUGUUCCCGGUGAGCUGGAGCUGCAGGACCCAGCCUUCAUCCAGUAUGUUGCCCAGGAGGCUCUGGACAAAUACAAAGAGAUGGUCAGGUGAGAACUUGUCCACAUUCUUCCACCGCCACGUGUCCUUCUGGUGAUUUUCUUUUGAAAAAAAGAAGGUAUAUGCUGUCAUUGAUACUAGGCUUAGGGAAAAGGUGUGCUUGAGUAUUUAUGAAAUAUAGUUGCAAUAUUUGCUCUUACACUCCUUAAAUCACAGAAACGCUUUCUCUUCUUCUUCACAGGUUUGAGGACGAGUAAACUACAGUGUCUUCUGAGACUGUUUGUAGAGUAGACAUCAUCUUGUUGAAAUGUACAUAUACUGCAGCUGAACCAUAGCAAUUGUUGCUAUUUAUUGAAUGUAUAA